UACAAACAAAAAUAUGCCGGCGUUUUGUCGGAACUCGUAUCGAAAGAUGGAGUCUGCAUUUUCAGCCGUUGUUGUGCGCGUUUCGUCCAGCGGAGAAAGCAUACCCUGCCUCGAUUCAGCCAUAUUUCCCGACGGUGGUCCGAAAUCUGGCGAGCUGGUACAAAUUCACGGUGAAAGCAAUACUGGCAAAUCGUUGCUUCUGCACGAACUGAUUGCGCGCAUUGUCCUUCCCGGGAAUUGCGGAGGACAUGAAACGGGUGCCGUUUUCAUCGAUUGCGAGAACAGCUUCAACCGGAUGAUGCUACUGAGUGUGAUGGAAAAGUACAUCCUGAACCUGGCCGACCCGUCGGUGGCGGCAAGCUUGACACCGCAACAAAUUGGCACCAUCCAGCGUACCGCCCUCCGGCGCCUACUCCUAGUGCGGUGUUACUCACUGGAGCAGUACGAAUUAUCGUUGGUCGCCCUGCCGGACCGUUUUCUCAAAGAUGGCACACUGUCCUACGUGUUGAUAGAUUCGCUUGCAACGUUCUAUUGGAGCAAAUGCACCGAGCAGAAUCUCGUCCGAAUGGACACCUUCCUGAGAACGCAGUGCAAAGCGCUCCGCAAGCUGGCGGAGAAGUGGAAGAAAACCAUCAUCUUUACGAAACCCUCGUACUUUGCCAGCGGCGGAACAGCGCGGGACUUCGAGCACGGAAGCCCACUGGAUGGGUCAGUUUCGACGCAGGUUUCAUCGCUCGCGGGAAGCAGUAGCCGCCAUAUGUCGAUCUUAAAUGAGUUCGCGUCGUCGUCAGCCAGCGUAACGAUCGAACAUCGGAUCGAGCUUGCUGAAAUGGACAGUCCCAGCCUUCGGACCAGUUCGAACGAAGGCAACGAAGAGAUGCGGUUUAACGCAUUCGUGACAACGCAGGACAAACAGUAUGUCCGAUUCUACUUGAUCGAUUCGUUUGGCUUCAACUGGAUAGAGCAAUGAUGGAGGGGAGAAAAUACCAAACAACUGUACAAACUAUUCGUAAGAAAAAUAUAUUAACGAAAUAAAAUUAAACACAAGAC